UUCCACCUGCCCCUGGCAUUUCCUCCUUCCUGUCUCCUCGCCCAAUCUGCCCUGAUCUCUGUCUUCUCCCGUAGGGUUUUAAGGAAAUCCAAGAAGGCCAAGAUGUCAGAGAAAAAGUUGUCAACGAGCCGUAGGCACCAUCUGAAGAGCUUGAUGCUCUCGAUUGCAAAGGGCCUACUGGAAGAUGAGAAGAAACAGAGAGCAGAGGAAAGGGCUCAGUACAUGGAAGACAACUGCCCCCCACUGGAACUGCCUUCAUCUGUGCAGGAAUUGCAGGAACUGUGCAAGAAACUUCACAAGAGUAUUGAUGUAGUUGAUGAGGAGAGAUAUGACAUUGAAACAAAAGUCAACAAAUCUAUCAAGGAGAUUGAUGAUCUGAAGAUUAAAGUCGUUGACUUGCAAGGCAAGUUCAAGAAGCCAGCUCUGAAGAAAGUGCGCAUGUCUGCCGAUGCCAUGCUGCAAGCUCUGCUGGGCUCCAAACACAAGGUCAACAUGGACCUGAGGAACAACCUGAAACAGGUCAAGAAGGAGGUCAAAGAGGAGGAAAAGGAGUCUGUUGGUGACUGGCGUAAGAACAUCGAGGAUAAGGCCGGCAUGGGCGGCAGGAAGAAGAUAUUCGAGACAGAGGCUUAAAUUAGCCUCCAUUCCUGGGCUACUAUUUAUUUCAUUGAACUUAUUGAAAUAGAAGCACUGUGCUCUCCACUGAGUCUGUUUUAUGAUGGAUGUUUAUGAAAAACGCACAAUAAUAUUUAUUUAGGCUCUCCACUUGUCUUAAUUAUUUGAUGGUUUAGACAGCAGUUUAGAGAUAAAGCCUAAAGCAGACAGCAGUCAGUGUUCCCUGUUACUAAUCCACUGUUACUACCCCUAUAGCCUAAUAAUCACAGCUUUUGCACUUGCCCAUAGUUUCUGGAGACAGUUAAAAAUAUACCUUGCUGCAAAUAUUUUCAGGUUCAUUGCACCUUGUUACAUGUACAUAAAAUAUCUGAACACA